AUUACUCUUGGAAUAUUGUCUCUGACGUUGGAGGUACGUAUAGUGUUGAUUUUAUAAACAUGGCCGAAUUUAAGAAAAGAAAAGUGAAUAAAGUGUUAAGAAAGCGUCGACACUCUUCGGAUAGCGACGAAGAUUCGGAAAAAGAAGAAGAAGCAAUAACUAAAUUAGAAGAAAUAAGAGAAUUACAGAAAUGUCGGGGUCGUCAGAAAGGAGUCAGUGCGGCCAGUUUAGCUCUAGGAAAGAAAAUACCCAAAACAGUUGAAUCAGAUACGUGUGAUCCAUUUAAGAUGAAAACAGGUGGAUUUGUUGAUAUGAAAGCUUUAAAAUCAAAACCAUUGAAAGUUGACGCUGAAGUAACAGAGGCUAUUGGAACGGCCUUUGCUGCAGAAACUAAUAGACGAGAUGAAGAUGCUGAAAUGGUGAAGUAUGUGGAAGAAGAAUUAGCUAAAAGAAAAGGAAGAUCUGCUCAAGAAGAGAAUGGAGGAGGUAUCCUUCCAACGGAGGAAAAUGAUGACCAAUUGUAUAACCUACCCGAUUAUCUUCAGAUUAAAUCGAAUUCUAAAAAAUCUGAAGACAUGUUGUCCAAUCAGAUGUUAUCUGGUAUACCUGAAGUGGAUCUCGGAAUAGAAGCCAAAAUAAAAAAUAUAGAAGCUACAGAAGAAGCAAAACAAAGACUUAUUCAAGAAAGAAGAAGAAAAAAAGAAAACGAAGUUUCAGACUUUGUACCAACAAACAUGGCAGUCAAUUUUGUACAGCAUAAUAGAUUUAAUAUUGAUGAUACAGCACCUAUUUUAAAGAAGCCAGAAGUAAAACCGGAACCUGAACCAUUACGGGUCGGUGAUACAGAUUCUGCCAAUUCAAAAGACUCAUCAUCAAACAAUAAAACAGAGAAAGCCACUGAUGAUUUCCAUUACGAAAAAUUUAAAAAACAGAUGAGGAAAUAUUGAUCUAGCGUUUUAGAGAGAAGGAUGAAUUGACCGGAACAUGUUCAUAUCAGAGCUGUGUAUGAAGUGGUGUAUAGAGGUUUUUGUGAUGCCUGGAACCAACUCCUUGAAUUUAUGGUCGCAAGGGGCCUAGUACCCAAGAAUGCGAGAAAGGGAGACAGUUUAACUAUGUAUACAAACAGAUGGAACAAACAUUUUUUAUAAAAAUUCAUUAGAGCAGUUGUACAACAAAUUUAACAGCAAUAAUUCUCCAAAAAACUUUUAAUUUUAAUUUCACUCUUUGACUGGAUGCCCUCCUGAAAUGGAUGUCCAGGGCUGUCAGGCUCUCUUCCCCUCUCCCUGCACAGAACUGUGUGUAUUAGAUCUGAUAGACAAGAUAUGGUGCCCGAACUAAUUAAAGGGGUCAUCGUCUGAUAAUAGUCUUACUAUGGUCAGGAAAAUACACACAAUGGUGGAUCAGUUUGGUUUUUUUGAGUCACUUUACAAAUUUUGAAAGAAAUACUGCCUUUGUUAUGGAAACUUUGUGAACGCUCUAGUAAUACACACAAUGUCAGAUCAGCAACAAAUCUCCACACAGUUACGAUUAAAUUUGUUGAAAAAUAAUCCUGUUAUUGGGAAACAGAAUAAAUUUUAUUUGAUAAUUGUCCAUAUAAAAUAAGAACCAGAAAUGCAAUAAAUUUUAAUUUUAAUUUCCAUAUGUUAGACCAUGCUGAAUGAAAUGUUGUAGGUUAUCCAUUGAAUCUAAUGUUAUUGUUUAUGUUUAGUUAUGUAUUAGGUUUUUAUAUUAAGUGCUUAAAUCAGACUGUAAACAUGUAAUUAUUGUAAAUAAAUUUAUUUUAUUUAAACAA